UCUCCGCCAGGCAGCGAAGGGGUUAAAAGCAGGAUCUGCUCUGACUGAUCAUUUUCAGCGAGGCUGUGCGAGCAGGACCGCAUGAGCAACUGCAGCAGCAGUAGCAGCAGCAGCAACCGGCUACAUCAGCAGCAAACCUUUUCCUUUCUCUUUCCUUUGGACUUUUACUAAUCGGCUCCUGGGAGCGGAUCCGAGCAGCCGCUCUGAAUGAGAGGGUCGUCUCCUUUGCAGUAUCUUUAAGUAUCUUAAGCCUAUAUCGAAAUGGCAACGAAAAUCGACAAAGAGGCGUGCAGAGAAGCGUACAAUCUCGUGAGGGACGACGGCACGGAUGUCAACUGGGUGACGUUUAAGUACGAAGGAUCCACCAUCGUCCCAGGGCACCAUGGAGCCGAUUAUGAGGAGUUCAUCAGGCAAUGCACAGAUGACAUUCGGUUGUUUGGCUUCGUCCGAUUCACCACUGGCGAUGCCAUGAGCAAGAGAGUCAAGUUUGCCCUGAUCACAUGGAUUGGUGAGAGUGUCAGUGGUUUGCAGAGAGCCAAAACUGGGACAGACAAGACUUUGGUUAAAGAAGUAGUACAGAAUUUUGCCAAAGAGUUUGUGAUCAGUGACCACAAGGAGCUGGAUGAGGAUUAUAUCAAGAGCGAGCUGAAGAAAGCUGGGGGUGCCAAUUACGAUGCUCAGGCAGAGUAAUUGGGGGGGGGGAAUGCACUGUGCCUCUCACAGCCACCUGCCUGCAUCCAGAAGGGGAGGGAGGGGGGAAAAGCACAAUGUAUCUUCAAAAUCAACACCGGGAGAUGAGCGGAGGCCAAGUGGGAGGACCAGCCUCCUUCGUCUUCUGCACCUUCAGAGUCCCUUCCUGCCUCCCAAAGUGGACAUUGAUUUUUCAUUCCAUCCAGUGAAACAUCUCCUUCAUACAUGAUCUCUCCUUUUUACAUUAUUGGGUGUUUUGUUUUUUUAAAAAAGAAAUUAUUAUUAUUA